AUGGCCAACAUAAAGCGGGUUAGGUUACCCACUAGAAAAGUUAUUUUAAAAAGACAUGUUGUACGGGAAGAGUUGCUACACAAUCUUUUAGAGGGUGGUCAAUGUCGUGACCUUAUUCGUAUGAGUGAAAACACUUUUAGGAGAUUGUGUAAAAUCUUACAAACUGUAGGUGGUCUACGACGUAUGCAACGCAUGUCAGUUGAGGAGCAUGUUGCUAGAUUUUUUUAUAUUGUAAGUAAUGAUUUGCAAACUCGAUUUACCUCGUGGAUGUAUCGUUGCUCUAGAUCAACAACGAGUAGGUGCUUCCAUAGAGUAUUACGAUCAAUUUUAGCAAUAGAAGGUCUUUAUAUUCAGCAACCUAAAGGUGAUGUUAUCCCAAGAGAAAUUCAAGAAAGUAGGAGAUUUUAUCCUUUUUUCAAGGAUUGUAUAGGGGCAAUAGACGGAACACAUGUUCGUGUCCAUGUGCCUAAUAGAGAUGCCCCUAGAUACCGUGGUCGUAAGGGAUACCCGACAAUAAACGUAUUAGCUGCUUGUACCUUUGAUUUGAAGUUUACGUAUGUGUUAACGGGUAGAUAUUGCUUAGUAGAUGGAGGUUUGCCUCAUACGAGUAAAGUAAUGGUGCCAUAUAGAGGUGUUAGAUAUCAUUUAAAAGAGUACUCCAUGCGUGCUCCACAAAAUUCUAAAGAGUUAUUUAAUCUUUGUCAUGCUUCCUUACGUAAUGCCAUUGAGCGAGCUUUUGGUGUCCUUAAAAGAAGGUUUCCUAUCAUUCGAAGUACAACGGAACCAUUUUACUCUUGUGAAACACAAUCUGCCAUAUUUUUGGCAUGUUGUAUUCUAAACAACUUUCUAUUAGAUGAAGACCGCGACAUAAAUCUUGAAGAUGAGGUGAUGCAGGAGAUCUUAAACGGAACACAAGAGCAAGAUUGUCUUAAUUCAAUAGAAACAUAUGAGGGUAAUAGAAUGGCAGAGCAACUAAGGAAUUCGAUUGCAAAUGAAAUGUGGGAAAAUUAUUUGACACAUUCAAACAAUUAA